UAGCUAUUCCGACCAGCCCACCCAACCACCAGCCCGAUUCCCCCACCCGAUCCCUGCCGCCGCCGCCGCACACCUCCCAUCCGGCAUCCGCUGACCGCCGCCGCUCUAGGCUAGCAGGCCCAGACCGCAUCGCCACAGCUUCGUCGCCUCCUCACGUGGGGGGCAACGCCUGCCGGCGCACCUCCUCUCGAGCCGACUGCGCAGGGAGCCAGAAAAGGGCCGGCGGCAUCUGCUCGACCCGCCGGCCGCCGGCCUUCGCCCCCCCCCCCCCCCCCCCCCCAGCGGCCGGCGACGGCUCCAGCGCCCUUGCGAGUUGCGGCGCUUGUUGAAGGAGAGGCCAGGAACAAAGAAGUCUACGCCUGACGGUGGAGAGCCGAGAUCCGUUGAUUUCCCCACCAUUGUACUCCACGGCCGGCGCAGAGAUGCAGAACCCCGCGACGCCCGCCCCGGCGGCGGCCCCGUCCAAGGGCAAGUCGGCGGCGGCGCAGGCCGCGGUCGCGGGCCAGGGCCAGGGCUCCUCCUCGCAUCACCACUCCGCCGGCGCCGGCGCCGACGCGUCCGCCCCCACCCUCAAGCGCAAGCGCGGCGUCUUCCAGAAAGACCUGCAGCACAUGAUGUAUGGAUUUGGGGACGAUCCAAAUCCACUUCCAGAAACAGUUGCACUUGUGGAGGACAUUGUUGUCGAAUAUGUCACCGAUCUGGUCCACAAGGCGCAGAAUGUUGCCUCAAAGAGGGGGAAGCUGCUGACAGAGGAUUUUCUUUACCUUAUACGCAAGGAUUUACGGAAACUGCACCGUGCUACUGAACUACUCUCCAUGAAUGAAGAGCUCAAGCAAGCAAGGAAAGCAUAUAGACUGGCAAAAGUAACAACUAUAAUGGUCUGGUGGCCGUCUAAACAUGGCUAUAGUGGCCUUCUACUAACCUUGACUUCUAGACUCUAUGCUAGACUUUCUGAAUCAAAUUGAAACAAUUAGCGGACUCAACAAUUAACACUACAGGUCUUGCCCAAACAUGUUAACCCCAACACAGAUGCAAACAAGUGCAAAUAAGUGAAAAAUACCAUCAAUAAAUAGAGAUAAUAAUAAUUUGCUCGGCAAAAUCCUAACCAGCACAAAUGCACCGCAAACAAGUGCACUCAGUUUCUUGAGGCUUCUACUCGAUUUUGGUUGGGAUAUCUCUGAUUUUUCCAGUGGCUUCGUGGAUACGGUGAGGAUAGCUCGCCGAGAGUUUGGCUCGGUUUGGUCGUUGCUUUCCUUUGCUUAUCGUGAUGAUAUUUUGUAAACAUUAAACUAAUCAGCAGUAUUUUUUUUAAAAAAACUAAUCACCAGUAA